AUGUCUGAAUUCACAUCAGCGCUCCUCACGUCAUUUCCUCUGACCGUUCUCUUAUCCGGGUUAUUAGCGAUGGGCCUUUUGUCAUGGGUUCGCCCAAGCGGUCGGAUCUCUUUCUAUCACGCUAAAGACAAUAAACUUCUAUUGACCAAAGUCGGGAAAUCGGGCGUCCAAGAACAGACCUCCCUGGUGGAUGUCUGCCGAAGCGCGACUCCGGACACCUGUCAUCUCAAUCCGUUUUUGUUUAACGGCCACCUGCAGACCGGCUGGACCGUGUAUAAGCAUGACAAUGUCCCGGUGUACUAUAAGCGGAAGGUGUUUGAGUCUGAUACCCAGAUGCUCAUGGGACAAUAUGCGAUCGACUUUGUCGUAAAGCCGUAUGACAUGCCUCCCGAGGGUGAGCUGACCGACCAGGACAGGAAGUAUACACAACCCUCUGGUCUGCCCCCUCGUACAUCCUUUUAUUCCGAGGCGGAAUUCGCGAAUCUUCCUUCCGAUGACUCCAAGCCCAUGCUUGUGCUUCUGCAUGGCCUGAGCGGUGGUUCUCAUGAAUUAUACUUGCGACAUGUUCUGGCCCCCCUUGUUGAGGAUGGCUCUUGGGAAGCGUGUGUGGUGAACGCACGAGGUUGUGCGCAGUCUAAGAUCAGCACAGGUGUUCUAUACAAUGCACGGGCGACUUGGGAUGUCCGUCAGACUGUGAAAUGGCUUCGAAAGACCUUCCCCAACCGCCCGCUUUACGCGAUUGGCUUCUCACUUGGAGCUAAUAUUCUGGCCAAUUAUCUCGGAGAGGAAGGGGAGGAUUGUCAAAUCAAGGCAGCUGUGAUUUGCGCUAGUCCCUGGAACUUGGAUGUCAGUUCAGUCACGCUGCAGCAGACCUGGAUAGGCCGGGAAGUGUACAGCAAGACCAUGGGUACCAGUAUGAAAGCGCUUUUCGAACGACACGUUGAUCAAAUUUCUCACAACCCUCGUAUCGAUGUCGAAGCAGUGAGGAACAUCACCUACUUGCAUGAAUUUGACCGGGCCUUGCAAUGUCCGGCAUGGGGUUACCCUACCGAGGGCGCAUACUACCGUGACGCUGCAUCCACUGAUAUGAUGCUCAAUAUUCGCAUCCCAUUCAUGUGCCUCCAAGCAGAGGAUGAUCCUAUUGCUUCACGCGAGGCACUGCCAUUCCAUGAAAUGACUCAAACACCAUAUGGAGUCAUGGUGACCACUUCAUGGGGUGGCCAUCUAGGGUGGUUUGAAAUUGGUGGAUCUCGGUGGUUCGCUAAACCAGUGAACAACUUCUUAAAUAUGAUGGCAAAGGAAAUUGACCAUCAGAUUCCCGGUGUUGUUGAGAGCCCAGAGAAGUUGCCUGGCAAGAUUCCCAGCAUUCCCAGUUCGGAUAAAGAUGCAGACCUGGCGCCAAAGCCCGAGUACAGCGUUCUACGUCGGAGGAUGGACAUGAAGAUGACGCUGUAA